AUGAGCAGAAGCGAAAAGGGCAAAGGGAACUCUAGAUCUGGCGGAAAUGCCAAACCAACCUCUGGCGGCCAUGCGAGCCGCCAUAAACAUGCGGAGUCAAAACACGGCCCCAACCGGGGCGGUAAAAACUUUCCGGUGAAAUUGGCAAUGUGGGACUUUGACCAAUGCGAUCCAAAGCGCUGUAGUGGUAAAAAAUUAGAAAGACUCGGUCUUAUCAAAUCGCUACGGGUUGGUCAGAAAUUCCAAGGUAUCGUGGUUUCUCCGAACGGAAAGGGUGUGGUAUGUCCCAACGACUUACAAACUGUCGAAGAAAACGGCGCUGCAGUAGUAGAGUGUUCGUGGGCUAGACUGGACGAAAUUCCCUUCAACAAAAUUGGUGGCAAGCAUGAGAGACUACUACCGUAUUUGGUAGCGGCCAAUCAGGUCAAUUAUGGCCGUCCGUGGAGACUCAACUGCGUUGAAGCUCUGGCCGCGUGUUUCGCCAUUGUUGGUCGCUUGGACUUGGCCACCGAGCUUCUAUCGCAUUUUUCGUGGGGAUUGGGAUUUCUGGAGCUCAAUAAGGAGCUACUAGAAACUUAUCAAAAAUGCACGGAUUCUGAAUCUGUCAAGGCCGCGGAAAACGCAUGGCUUGAAAAGAUCGAAAGAGAAGCCCAAGAGCGCAAGAAACGUAGCGAGGACGACGAUAUAUGGAUGACGGGCAACGUCAAUAGGGGCAAUGCAGGCGAGAAAUCCGAUACAGAAGACAACAACAGUGACAGUGAAGAGAACCCUACAGAUUCAGAAGCCCUUCACAGCAGCAAGCCUGUCACGUACGACAGUUUAGGAAAUGCAAUCUACGGCGAGGAAGAAGAAGAAGAGGACGAGGAUGAGGAGAGCGACUCUGAUGAUGCACAGGAUCAAUUUCUGAAUCCAUCUGAUAAAAUCAGUAACCCUGAGUUGAUUUCUGACGUACGAGGACGCUUAAAUGAACUUUCUAUAGAGUAG